UGUUAUAUACUGUACUGUACAGCUGAUCACUACUAGUGGUCGCCAAAUCGUGGUGAUCAGUAUCGAAGAACAAAUUUGUAAUUAAUUAUCAGUGUUGUAUUUCAUAUAUUUUAGAAACGAUGGCAGAAAAGGAUAAUACUUUUAUAACCAGAUGGAUGAGCAAUCUAUAUUACAUGUUAGACACACCAGUCACUUAUGUCCGAGAAAAAUUCGUAGUACCGAAUCAAAAAAAAUAUCCGUGGUAUCAUCAACAAUACCGUCGUGUGCCAAACAUUGACGAAUGUUACACCGACGAUUUGGUCUGCUAUACUGAGGCAAAUGCUCAAUUCUUUCGCGAUAAAUCAGUAGAGGAUGAAAUUUUGUUUAUUCUGAGAAGUCGUUUUGAACAAUGUGCUUUUUAUCACGGCGAGGAUGCUCAUUUAUGCGACGAUUUGAGGAAAACUUACGACGAUGCGGCCACUGCUUGGUUUAUGAAAUAUGGUGAUUUGGGAAUAGGUAUAAAUGUAAGAACUGCGUACAUGAAGCAAAACAUCGUCUAAUUUGGGAGCGUCGUCAUGGUCCAGUAGGCACUGGAAUGAAAGAAAAAGCGGCUAAAGCGUAGCAAUUUAUACUGAUAUUGUAGAUUAUUUCAUGGCAAACCGCAUUCGCGCAUAUUACGGGCCUGAAUUGCAAGUUUGCACUAAUGUACAGAUGUAUUGUGAAUUAAAGGCGCGGGAUAAUAAAAGUAAUUUAACAGAA